AUGUUGUCUGUAGAUGCCUCUCGUUUUCUCUCACAGUCUCAGUCCCGGAUAGCGCCCGGUGACAGCUCACCUCCGAGAGAUGGCCGGGACAGAAGUCGGAGACCUGACCGACAGAACUCGUCCCGCCCACCUCCGUCACGACCAUACCUUCAGCGGGCACUAGGGAACCCGUACUCUUCCUCCGCCUCCCAGACGUUUCCAUUCUCUCCAAGGUCAUCCGUCCACCAUGCACCUCUAUUUCACAGCACGACCGAGCAGCUACAGGAAGAAGACGACGAGCGGGAAGCUGCCGACCUUUACGCCCUGCAGAGAUCCAGGCGGCAUUUUGGCGCAAGCCAGCUAGCAGAGUCGUCCGAGGGCGAUGAAGGGGAGGAUAGCAAGCACUCAGAACGCAGUGCAGACCAUGCGGAUGAGUUUGGCAGAGGAGCGGGGAUACGGAGCUCAUGGCGCGGGAAAGCUUCCGGCAGUGGUCCGGCGGGAAAAUUAGGUGCUGGGACGCUGACAGAACAAGCGGAAGAAGAGGAAGAGGAAGAUGCGAGAUCGAUGUCACGGAGUACGUCCAGGUCUAGUCCUGGGAAGGGUAGGAUGGUCGACAUUCGGCUGGAAGACUCGAUAAAGACGGAUGCCGUGACGGUGGAUUAUGAUGACCCCCCUCCCGAAUUUACUGGUGGCGGGCCGCCUAUCCGCCAGUUUCGCAGACAGUCAAACCUCUCGGGGGACGACGAUUUCCAGACCAGUGCUGGAUUCAUGCCCCAGGAGACUGACAAGCAAGCCCUGCUAAAUAACCCCAGGCCACCGAGCUCCAUGGUUUCCGAGAUGCCCCCGUCAGUCACCUAUGGAGAACCGGAGCCUCCAGUGCACGACAUGUUCUGGGGCCACAUGUUCUUGCUCUGCUUGUGUGGUCUAUUUGCUACCUCAUUCAUCGUGUACCUUCACACUACUGCGCCGUCCAAGAUCCCCCUCCUUGGGGAUACUAUCUACUCUACCUUGCAUUCGUCCUUUGGCCUGUUGGGGACAUAUACCCUUGUUUCAGUAUUCGUGGCGUUGCUCUGGUUGGCAUUGCUGCGAUCAUACGUUCGUCCGUUGGUUUAUGCUAUGCUAAUUGCUGUUCCCGUUAUCCUUAUUUCGUUCUCUCUAUAUCCCUUCAUCUCUAGCUUCAAGGGCACAUGGCAUGGAAACAGUUUCCAGGAUAGGGUUAUGCGAUGGGGUUCGAUAGUCCCGGCAAUCAUGGCUACAGUCUGGAUCUACUCUAUCGUCAAAGGUAGACAUUCAACGGGCAAGGCAAUCGGCAUUCUCGAGUUCUCGUGUCGGAUCCUAGCUGCAAACCCAGCCUUGCUCAUUCUGGGAUUUGCAACGAUAGCCGUCAUCGCCCUAUGGAGUUGGCUAUGGAUUCUUAUGUUCACCCGCGUCUUCCUUGGUGGCCAUCUCUCCACCGGUGCUAAACAUUUCUUCAUCAUCGACAUUGGCACCUGGUGGUUAGGCAUCUACUUCAUCCUCGUCUAUCUCUGGUCUCUCGGCGUCAUUGCAGGUAUUCAACGGACUACCACGGCCGCCGCAGUGAGCCAAUGGUACUUCCACCGCAAUGCCGUGCCCUCUCCUACCUCCCGCGAAAUUGUUAAAGCAGCCUUUACUCAUGCCCUAACCACCUUGUUUGGCACAAUCUGUCUCUCUACCCUUCUCUCCCUCCUCAUCCGCAUCCCUCUCAUCAUCCUCCCACGUCGCAUGUCCUCCCUGUUAUCUUUAGCUGCCUACUCCCUUGUUCCCACGCCAGUUGCUGCUCUUACCAACCCGCUCACGAUGACCUACGCCGCCAUCCACUCGCAGCCCCUGGUAGCUUCAGCCCGCAGUCUAAACCAGAUGGUCUUCCUCGCCCCAUCUGCUGCAACAGCCACAACCUUCCAUCCACGAACCUUCUCCGACUCCCAUCGAUCUGAUUACUACUCCUCCACUCUAAUGCCAUACCGUCUCGCUAAAAUGCUCCUUCACGCUACACGGUUCAUGAUGUCUCUCGCCCUUGGCUUUGGUGGCUGGGUGUCUACCGCCCGUAGCCUACAGGUCCCCGGCGAAGACGGUAGUAAAGGCCCUACCAUCCGUGGCAGUCUGUACGCUUAUAUUGUCGGUUUGAUAGCGGGGACGAUCGGAUGGGGCGUCCUGUCCGCCAUGGAAGGGGUGCUAGCUGGCGUCGUUGAUGCGGCUGUCGUUUGCUGGGCAAGUGAAGUCGGCAGUGUACGACGAGAAGCACGCUAUUGCCGCGAGGCAGGAUACUUGUUUGGCGGCGGGAGUGCAGACCGCAUGGAUGUAGAAGAUAGGUCGCCGCGGCUUGACUAG